CUGGUUCUCCGGCCGCAGUUCGCAUUUCUCAGUGCCCGCAAGUAGGUUACAUAUUUUUUCUAGCUCUCGCAAAUCAAAAUCAAAAUUAAAUUGAGAGAUUAAAGAACAAAGAACUAAAACGGAGUCAAGUUGCAAAAUUUAAAAUAAAGAUAGACAUAAAAAAAUAUGGAGUACAAACUGAUUAACCCCGAUAAUUACGAGCGAGUAAUUGAUCACCUGCGAAGGAAUUUCUUUGCUGAUGAGCCACUGAAUCGGGCUGCUGGACUUUGUCAGCAGGGUGGUGGCAACAAGGAGCUGGAGCACCACAGUCUGGCCACGCUACAUGAUCAGCUCAGCUUGAUGGCUGUGGAUGAGCGUGAUGGUAGCGAAACCUAUGGACAGAUAGCUGGAGUCAUUCUGAAUGGGGUACUGCAUCCGGGGGACACGGAACAGGCGCUCGACAAGCUACAGUAUAGCUCGGACAUUAACUACAAGAAGAUCUUUGAGCUGCUCUACAGGCACAGUUUGCAAGUGGAUCUAUUUGCCCGCUACGAUGUGGAUCGCAUCUUUGAUGUCCGCAUUCUCUCAGUGGAUUCACGUUAUCGCGGCCAGGGCAUUGCCAAGGAACUGGUAAAACGUGCUGAGCUAGUUGCUCGACAAUCUGGAUACCAUCUACUGAAAGCUGAUGCCACCGGCAUAUUCUCCCAAAAGAUACUUCGCUCCCAAGGCUUUGAACCCUUCUCCGAGCAGCUGUAUGCCAAGUAUACAAACGAAGAGGGUCUAAUAAUAUUACCCGUGGAGGCGCCUCACAUUAAAUUGCAGCUUCUAACCAAACAGCUUAAGUAUGAUAACGAUAAGUAAAGUCAGUCUGCAAUAGCUCAGUAAAAUUAAAAAUAUUUCGCUGUUUGUUUUUGUUUUCAUAAUAUAUAUAUUAUUUAUAUAGUUAUACACAAGAAAUUUUGGAAUGAAAAUUAACAUGAAAUAUUAUUAUCUCAUGCAAGUA